AUGUACUUUUAUUUUUUGGCUGCUUCCUCAGAAGAUUAUCUAAUAUUUAUUAUGGCAUAUGACCGAUAUGUUGCUAUAUGUGAUCCUUUACACUAUCACAAUAUUUUAAACAGUAAACUCUGUCUUGUAUUGGCAUCUGGCACUUGGAUAACAGGAAGCUUAAACUCAUUUGUGCUUACAAUCCCAGCAUCACACAUGUCCUUCUGUCAGUUUCGCACCAUACACCAGUUUUUCUGUGAUGCUAGAGCUCUGAUAAACAUUUCCUGUGCUGGCAGUAAAGAUGUUUAUAUAGCAAUAUAUUUGGUUAUAUUGGUAUAUGGAGUUUUACCAAUCAUGUUCUGUUUGACAUCUUAUAUAAAAAUUAUCAGGGUCAUCUUGCAGAUAAAAUCUAAGGAUGGCAGAAAGAAAGCCUUCUCCACCUGCUCAUCACACCUCAGCGUUGUCAUUAUGUUCUAUAUGACAGUUUUCUCUGUGUACAUGAUGCCACCAUCAGAUUACUCUGAUGUCCUAGAACCAGUGUUUAGUGUACUGUACUCAGUUGUCACUCCCAUGCUGAACCCUCUGAUCUACAGUCUACGGAAUAAAGACAUGAAAAGUGCUCUGCUGAGACUAAUGGGGAAAAAAAGUAUUUCUGAACAGUGA